UUCUAAUACAAAGAGAGAAUCAUCAUUCAUCUCCCCGGCUUCGGCCUCGUUUAUUUUGUCCCUCACCGCAUUCACUUCGCUUUGUCUCAUAAACGCGCGCGCGCGCGCACACACACUCUCUCUCUCUCUCUCUUGUUGAGGCUAGAUCUACGAGAGACCUCAAAACCCUCUCUCUCUCUCUCAGCUCCCGAUCUGUGUGCCCCUUUACCGGCACCCCUUCUCUCAGCUUUUCCACACCCCUUGUCACUGACUUAUCCUUUCCUGCCGUUGAUGGUGGCGAUUGCAGAGGUGAUGAGAGGUUUCGCUUGAUCCGACUUUCUCCUUCUCAGAUCUGAGUUCUUAGGUUAGGGUUUGAAAAUUGAUUGGAAACGAUGCUAACGAAAUUCGAAACGAAGAGUAAUCGGGUGAAAGGCCUAAGUUUUCAUAGUAAAAGGCCAUGGAUUCUUGCCAGUCUUCACAGCGGUGUGAUCCAGCUCUGGGAUUACAGAAUGGGUACCCUUAUCGAUAGAUUUGAUGAACACGACGGACCUGUUCGUGGCGUUCAUUUCCACAAAUCUCAGCCACUCUUUGUCUCCGGAGGAGAUGAUUAUAAGAUCAAAGUUUGGAAUUACAAGAUACAUCGAUGUCUGUUUACUCUUCUUGGACAUCUCGAUUACAUACGUACUGUUCAAUUUCAUAAUGAAUACCCGUGGAUUGUUAGUGCUAGUGAUGACCAGACAAUCAGAAUAUGGAAUUGGCAGUCUCGCACUUGUAUUUCGGUACUAACUGGUCACAACCAUUAUGUCAUGUGUGCCUCAUUCCAUCCUAAAGAGGAUUUGGUUGUGUCAGCCUCUUUGGAUCAGACUGUCCGUGUUUGGGACAUUGGUGCCCUGAGAAAGAAGACUGUGUCCCCUGCAGAUGACAUUCUCCGACUAAGUCAAAUGAAUACAGAUUUGUUUGGUGGAGUUGAUGCUGUUGUUAAAUAUGUAUUGGAAGGACAUGAUCGGGGUGUCAACUGGGCUGCAUUCCAUCCCAGCCUGCCUUUGAUUGUUUCUGGGGCUGAUGAUCGCCAAGUGAAACUCUGGCGCAUGAAUGAUACAAAGGCUUGGGAAGUAGAUACAUUGAGAGGGCACAUGAAUAAUGUGUCAUGUGUGAUGUUUCAUGCUAGACAGGAUAUUAUUGUGUCAAAUUCAGAGGACAAAAGUAUUCGUGUAUGGGAUGUUACAAAAAGGACAGGUGUUCAGACUUUCCGUAGGGAGCAUGACCGUUUCUGGAUUCUUGCAUCUCAUCCAGAGAUGAACCUUCUGGCAGCUGGCCAUGAUAGUGGUAUGAUUGUGUUUAAGCUGGAGAGAGAACGCCCUGCUUUUUCUGUGAGUGGUGAUCAUUUGUACUUUGUUAAAGACCGGUUCCUGCGCCUAUAUGAGUUCUCAACUCACAAGGACAACCAAGUCAUCCCAAUUAGAAGGCCUGGUUCAAUCAGUUUGAAUCAAGGCCCUAGAACUCUAUCUUACAGCCCUACAGAAAAUGCUGUAUUGGUUUGUUCAGAUGUUGAUGGGGGUUCCUAUGAACUCUAUAUCAUACCAAAAGACAGUAUUGCAAGGGGUGAUACUGUCCAAGAGGCAAAAAGAGGUGUUGGAGGAUCAGCUAUCUUUAUUGCUCGAAACAGGUUUGCUGUUCUUGACAAGAGCAACAACCAAGUGUUAGUUAAGAAUCUCAAAAAUGAGAUUGUGAAGAAGAGUGGACUUCCUAUUGCUGCAGAUGCAAUAUUCUAUGCUGGAACUGGCAAUUUACUGUGCAGGGCUGAGGAUAGAGUGGUCAUCUUUGAUCUCCAACAAAGACUUGUUCUUGGUGAUCUUCAGACUCCUUUUGUUAAGUAUGUUGUUUGGUCAAAUGACAUGGAGUCUGUUGCAUUGCUAAGCAAACAUGCUAUCAUUAUUGCUAGUAAGAAGCUUGUGCAUCGCUGCACUCUACAUGAGACUAUCCGUGUGAAAAGUGGAGCUUGGGAUGACAAUGGUGUGUUCAUAUAUACAACCCUGAAUCACAUCAAGUACUGCCUUCCUAAUGGAGACAGUGGAAUCAUCAGGACCCUUGAUGUCCCAAUAUAUAUUACAAAGGUAUCUGGAAAUACCAUCUAUUGUUUAGAUCGUGAUGGAAAGAACCGUGCCAUAGCAAUUGAUGCAACAGAAUAUGUUUUCAAGCUCUCGCUUUUAAAGAAGAGAUACGAUCAGGUUAUGAGCAUGAUCAGGAACUCGCAGCUCUGUGGGCAGGCCAUGAUUGCUUAUCUGCAGCAGAAAGGUUUUCCAGAAGUUGCUCUUCAUUUUGUGAAAGAUGAGAGGACUCGGUUCAACUUGGCACUUGAGAGUGGUAAUAUUCAGAUUGCUGUUGCAUCAGCUAAGGAAAUUGAUGAGAAAGAUCACUGGUAUAGGUUGGGAGUAGAGGCCCUGCGCCAGGGGAAUGCCAGCAUUGUAGAAUAUGCAUACCAAAGGACAAAGAACUUUGAGAGGCUAUCUUUCCUUUAUCUGGUAACUGGUAAUAUUGACAAGCUGUCUAAAAUGCUGAGAAUUGCUGAGAUCAAGAAUGACGUGAUGGGCCAAUUUCAUAAUGCCCUGUAUCUGGGUGAUGUCAAGGAACGCAUCAAGAUUUUGGAAAAUGCUGGCCAUGUGCCCCUUGCGUAUGUUACAGCUGCUGUUCAUGGUCUGCAGGAUGUUGCUGAACGGCUUGCCAUUGAGUUGGGGGAUAACGUUCCCACUUUGCCCGAGGGGAAGGUACCAUCACUUCUGAUGCCUCCUUCACCUAUUCUUUAUGGAGGAGACUGGCCCUUGUUAAGGGUUAUGAAAGGCAUUUUUGAGGGUGGACUGGAUAAUGCAGGUAGGGGUGCACAGGAAGAGGAUGAAGAAGCUGCUGAUGGUGAUUGGGGUGAGGACUUGGACAUUGUUGAUGUCGAUGGCAUGCAGAAUGGGGAAAUUAGAGUGGUGGUAGAGGAUGGGGAAGUGCAUGAAGAAAAUGAAGAAGAGGGAGGAUGGGACCUUGAGGACCUGGAACUCCCACCUGAGAUUGAUACUCCAAAGGCCACUGUUGGCACCCACUCUGCUGUAUUUGUUGCCCCAACUCCUGGCAUGCCUGUAAGCCAGAUUUGGAUCCAGAAAUCAUCUCUUGCUGGUGAACAUGCAGCAGCUGGCAAUUUUGAUACUGCUAUGCGCUUACUUAGCCGGCAACUAGGCAUAAAGAACUUUACUCCUCUGAAGCCCAUGUUUCUCGAUCUUCACACUGGAAGCCAUACCUAUCUACGUGCUUUUUCUUCAGCCCCAGUGAUCUCACUGGCACUUGAGGGUGGUUGGAAUGAGUCAGUGAGCCCCAAUGUGAGGGGUCCACCAGCACUGGUGUUCAACUUCUCUCAGUUGGAAGAGAAGCUUAAGGCUGGCUACAAGGCAACCACAAGUGGGAAAUUCACAGAAGCUUUACGUCUUUUCCUGAAUAUCCUGCACACCAUUCCUUUGAUUGUGGUUGAGUCAAGGAGAGAGGUAGAUGAAGUCAAAGAGCUUAUUAUUAUAGCAAAAGAGUAUGUUCUGGGCUUGAAGAUGGAGCUGAAGAGGAGGGAACUUAAGGACAACCCAGUACGUCAGCAAGAGCUUGCUGCAUACUUCACGCACUGCAACCUUCAGAUGCCUCACUUAAGGCUUGCAUUGUUGAAUGCCAUGACUGUUUGUUACAAGUCAGGGAACCUCAACACAGCAGCCAACUUUGCCAGGCGGCUCUUGGAGACAAAUCCCACCAUUGAAAAUCAGGCAAAGACAGCCAGGCAAGUCCUGCAGGCUGCUGAGAGGAACAUGCGAGAUUCAAGCCAACUGAACUAUGACUUCAGAAAUCCAUUUGUGGUUUGUGGUGCAACUUAUGUGCCAAUAUACCGUGGACAGAAAGAUGUCUCAUGUCCAUACUGCAGUUCCCGGUUCGUGCCAGCACAAGAGGGGCAGCUUUGUAAUGUAUGUGAACUUGCAGUUGUUGGAGCAGAUGCAUCUGGUUUGCUAUGUUCUCCUUCUCAGAAAAGAUGAUUGAGCUGCUGAAUCAGGAGUCUUGUUAAACUUGUACUGCUGGCAGUGGCACCAGUAAUGUUGGAUGUUUGGUCUUCGCGAGCAAGGGUAGGAAUAUUCAAAAACAAGAGUUUAGUUUCCUUGAAUUGUUUGGUCCUUAUCUUUCCAUGUUAUAUUUUUCUUUCUUACUUCUCUCUCUCUCUCUCUCUGUUUUGUUUUGAAUUUUGACAAUUAUGAUUUUACUGUAAUAAACUAUUCGAGAAUUUUGACUUUAGCCAUUCUUGCUAGUUGUUAUUAAACAAGAGUGGCGAAGGACCUUGUUAAAAUGUUCAGCCAUUAUAGGACUCGUCUUUGUAUGCAGAUGCAGUUGGUAAUUCACUCUUUCUGGUGAAUUAAUUGGGUUCAGGUUUCAA